AUGAGUAAGAAAGAAGAACUUACCUGUGACAUUGAGAGAAGCCAAGAGCUUCCCCAAUUCAUGGCACAACAAUCACAACAUCAAACACCAAACACCAAUACCACCAUAGAUCAAAGCAAUACAAAGUCAUCUGUUGUCGGUAACCGCCUCACGGGGCAGCCACUUGUCUCCAUGAACAAGUCCAAUAUGCCUAUCACGGCAACAUGUGUCAUUCCUAAUGACAUUUGUUCUCAUGUGUUUGAGAUCGCUGCUAAAGCAGACGUCUCAAAAAGCCUCUUUGAUUAUGUUCGUCGUCGAGGGAGAGGCAUAAGCAUCCUUAGUGGGAAUGGAGAGGUGGCACAAGCCACGCUUCAGCAAUCCACGGGAAAAAUUGUAACCCUUCAUGGAUGGUUCCAGAUUAAUUCGAUAUCUGGAACAAUUCCCCAGUCGCCCACACGGGCAGAGGUGGGAGGUUUGUUUGUUAAAUUGUCCGAUACUAAUGGACAAGUGGUUGGAGGAAAUGUAAUUCCUCCUUUGGUGGCAUUGAGCCCGAUAUUUUUGGUCGCUUAUUCUUUUGCAGACAUUGUAUUUAAAAAAGAGACCUUUGUGGCUUAUGACAAGGAUAAUCAAGAUGUGGUGUGCCUCGAUGAAGCUGAGCACGAGGCAAAAAUUGGUGGUAACUUUUUAAAUUUUGAGGAUCAACAAUUGGAAUGA